CUUUCUGGUGCGGGUGGUAACAUCCAGAGACACUGUCAGUUUAGCUCCAGUUGACCACUCAUCCAUAUCUAGUCAAGUCCCACCGUCUUCACAGUCCCUCGCGCUGCUUGUACUCGAUCCUUGGCUUACGCAUGGAUGACAACAAGAACUUCGUACACAUUAGUGUUAGUGGUAUUAUAUUUGAGCAACAUCCCAUAAAAGUGACGUGCAUUGCUUCAAGAAAACACAAGAAUAUUAUUUUCGUAUGUCAUUUUAACAGAAUGACCUGACAUGGGAGUAAUUCCUGCCAUCCCACUCCUGCUAUUCAAAACUCUAAAUGUGUGCCCACCUUGUCACGUGUUUAUCUGAAGUCGUGGGAUGUUUCAUGCUAAAAUGUUAAUCGUGUAUCAAGAAAAACAAGAGGUAAACAUUGUGUUAUAAAGUAGUGGCAAGCAAGACAGGAGGCAUCUACAUCACCGUAUCGUAGCUUUCACCGCACCACAGCAGUCUUAGAUUGCAAUUGAACCGUGAUAAAGAGAGAAGGUGAAGGUGAUGGGAAGCUCUCAGGUCACUCACCUAAAGAAGCUGCAUCAAACAUGAGAGGUAACCCGCCUAGACUUUCACCUAAGUCAACAAGGCGAGGCGCACAACGUAGACAAGCCAACACACUCCAACUCUCCGGCCACUGUAUUCCUCAGCGCCAUUCAAGAUAAAACUAAAAACGCACAGCCAGGGGCGUCCCAGCGGGCGUCAGCGUGGCAAGUCAUUCACCUACUUUCUACACGUGAAAGCCAAAGCAGGUUUUGCUGGUGUUUAGGCCAGGUACACCGGCUCCAGCGAGGAGACGUGCUAUCUGGCACUCGCCACAAAGACCAGGACUAAUGGAUCGUCGCGGAUUGAGUGGGUGGAACAGAAGCAACGAACAAGAUAAAAGUGGGGGAAGCGGCCGAGCCUCUCCAAGUGACGCUUACUACGGGGGCGGGACGCCACAGGAUCAUCGGGACGCUGACCGAACCUAUUACGGCACCAACAACAACGACUACAGCAAGUACGCUGGAGGCAACAGCGAGUAUCUGCCGCAGGCUCCAAGUUAUGAUGCUUUUGACGGUGGUUGUGCCGGCGGUUAUUACGACGACCACCACUCCAACCCGGAGUACUACGACAACAGAUAUGAUGGGUACAACAGCGACUACCACUCAGGCUACGGUAAUCAGGGACAUACGGAAUACUCAGGACAACCAGGUGACUGUGAUGGUGGGAGCUCAUCCUGUUACCAAGACCAAAGCUGCCAAGGUCUCAGAGCGUGUCACCAGUCGCAGUGCAGUGAAUACAAUGAAUGUAGGAGGCAGCAGUGCCAGUCCUCCAGAGUAGAGGUGACGGCCAAGGUGCUCUUUGGAUCUGUCAGUGCCAUAUCUAACCUGAAGCAGAAGAAAAGCUCCAAAAAGAAGUGAAGUGGUGGCAUGAGAGGCCCACCUCCCCUCCCAGUAUCGCGGUCCAAUUCCCCUACCUAUCUGUGAUAUGCCCGCCCGAGUCACCUGUGUCCAUACAUCAUGCGGCAACCUCUUGAGACAUCUUAAUCUGAGUAUAUCUCAUUCGUAGUGACCUGUCCAAGUUUCACAAACAUCUAGUAUAGUAGGACAUAUUUAUAAAGAGUACUCAAGUUACCAGACGAAUUAUAGGGUAUAGCUGCACUGAUGAAAUAUUUCUUUUGUCAGCGAUGCUUAUAUAUUACUAUUAUUUUUUUUUCUUUACGAAGAAUUUAUUGUUCUUUCCUUCCUCACCAACAUAAAUGACGUGAUUUAUAAACAUUUCAAGUGUCAUCCAGGAAUCAACCGCUAUGCACAGUCUCAAGGCUAUAAACUAAGCAUAUACACGUAGAUUUGCUUCAUAAGAGAAAGUGAAUAUAAAGAAUAAGGUAAAAUAACAAACACACACACACACACACACACACACACACACACACACACACACACACACACACACACACACACACACAGGUUAGAGAGUAAAAACUACGGUAAGGACUUGAUGAGGGAAAAUUUGGCCCAACAAAGGAAUCAGCCUGUCACUGACUCUUCCGCUUUGUGUUGCUCCCACGCAUCACAUAAUGACAGGAAGUCAAUGUAUACUUUCUCUGCUCGUAAAUGACGUCAGAUGGUAAACAAACCACGUGAAAUAUACAUCAAAGAAGUGAAAACAUUUGCUGUGUGCUCAUAUACUUUCCUUGACAUACUAGACAAAAUAUUCGUAACCUCCACACCCAUGAACGUGACCGUGGAAUGUGUCACGACAAUGAAGGGUAAAGCAGCGCGGUCUUCCUCCUCCUCCUCUCAACGGUGGAAACUUUGCAGGUACACUAUAUACCCACCACUGCUUCUCACGGCCACCACCUCGGGCUCUUAUAAUAUGAAACAUUUGCGGCCUAGAAACUUAGAAUUAACGAUUUGACAGGUUCGAAAAGAGAACACUGCCGUUGUAAUAAUACACUGACUAAAAGGAGAGGUGGUGUUGUUGGGGUGUCACUGUCACAUUGAGCAGCAACACUGUGUAACAUGGGUGUCAUGAGCAAGCGUUACGGAGACAUGAUGACUUUUUUAUACGUUCAGUUUAAAAGUUAUAAUGUGCCUUAUUAUACUGUGAAUUUCGCCGAUAGUGUAAAUAUAAAACACGAGAUAGUGAUAGGGACACAUGAAUUUCCAAUUACAUGAAUGAGUGUUGGAAUACUGUGAUUAUUGUCAAUGAGUACAUUACACAAUAAAAGACAAAUAUGUCUGUGAAUGAUGACAGUGUGACCAGUCGGUGAAGGAAGAGGAAAAGGCAGCUAUCAAAAUGGUUAUCCACAAUCUCUUUCCGUGCUAUGUUUAAUGACAAAUUCACGACUUCUCCGGUUCGCUGCCUCAGCAGGUUCCUUCCACACCCACGCGGUGCUCCGGGCGUGGGCGGGACCCGCUACUCAUUCACCCACUCGGUCAUGUCUUGUUUUUUCUUUCUACUAAUCCGCACGUUUACUAACCUUGUUGCAAACUCUUUAACGUGUAAGGAUAAUAAACAACUCAGGUUAAAUAUGUGCCUUAGGGCACUUGGUUUCCUAUUCUCAAAAUUAUUGCAAUGUUUGGCUUCAUCCCUUUCAUGCUACGAUGUAAUCAUAUAGUAAUGGGCAGACAAACCGUGUGACACGUUGCCCCGCUAAUCUUUUGAUGCUAAAAGAUGCCGAAAUUAAUCACUGAUAUCUUAAAAUCAUAAAAUUCGCAUUUGAUUUAAUUGUUCCUGUUCUUUCUCAGUGUCUAGUUUUAUGCAAUGCUGUGUUAGACGUAACAAUAUUUAUGUUUUGUAAUUUUGUAUAGAAUUAAGCUAAGCUCUGUAGUAGGUUGAAUGCAUACCAGAUGUUCAGCACCCUCACCUCGCUCUUCUGUUCCGCAGCCACUCAAACGCCUUAUCCUUCUAACAAUCUAGAAUCCUCCAGUCCUGACAAAAGUCAAUUUUCCUGUAUAGCAUAGCUAGUUUUACCUGUGACCUAAGAUUCUUGAGAAAAUGUAGGAUACCUUUUUCCAUUUUCUUAUCAGUGAGAUUUUCAUGGCAAAUACUCGUACGGCAUCACUUUCCUAUUAUGCUAGUUUUCCAUAACCUAAGAUCGAUGUUCCGCCGCCGAGCUUUGUGGUAUGUAUAGAACUGUGUUACCGAAUCAGUCGAGUCAUCCAGGUACAAAGUGCGUUUAUAUCCUCUGAUGUAGCAUAAUAAAACUUGUCUUAUC